AUGUCGCCGUCUCUCCUAUGUGCGAGGAAACUUGAUGCAAGUCUGGUGAGGCAUGUUGGGCUUGCUCCGCUUUUCAAAGCACAGGCCCGACUUCUUGGCCCAGUGACAGCUAUAGAAUCUGGCAAGCACACUAUCUCUUACGAGCAAUUGCACUUCAAAGCCCUCCAGCUCGCGCAACUGAUCCGACUAGAAGCUCCGGAACCAGGAACUCUAAUUUCGAUCGCCAUCCCCCGGGGAAUGAACCAUGUUUUGGCGCAAAUUGCCGUUAUUUAUGCCGGUGGGACCUGCGUCUCCUUGGACACAAAGCAGCCGGACGUGUUCCUCCGGAAACUUCUCAAAAGCCUGGAUGUGAAGUUGGUUCUAGUGGACGUCGAAAAUCGCAGUCGAUCUCUGGAGAUCGACAAUAUCCUUGUGGACCAUACGCUCAGCCCUACAAUAUCUGACGAGGAGUUUGAGGUCUCCUCCAAUGGGCCAUCAAGCUGUUCCCAUAUCCUCCAUACCUCAGGUACAACGGGGGAUCCCAAAGCUGCCCAAAUUCUGGCCGGUGGAAUCAUCAACUUAGCAUUCAGUUCUACUAUGCCAUUUCAAAAUGGCCAACGCCUUGCGCACAUCGGCAAUACCGUCUUCGAUAUCACCCUGUUCGAAAUAUGGGUGUGCUUGUUGAGAGGUGGGACGGUGAUCAUAUAUCCACAUGAGACAGUCGUAGACCCUGUUCUCUUCUCAAAAAGUCUCCGAGAAGACCGAAUUGAGGUUGUGUUCCUUACUACCGCGUUACUAAACACAAUUGCCAACACCUGCCCGGAUGCAUUUUCCAACGUCCACACUCUGAUGACCGGGGGUGAAAUGAUCAACGUGCCGGUGAUCCGAAAGAUAUUUGACUACGGGCGCCCGCAGCGAGUAAUCCACCUCUAUGGGCCGACAGAAUGCACCGUGUUUUCUAUCUCGCACGAGGUCACCGCAGCUGAUAUUCGAAAUGGUCACAUUCCGCUUGGAAGGCCGAUGGGCAAUUAUCAGCUUUUCAUUGUCGACGAAAAUCUCAAUCCAGCUCCUACGGGUAGCGAAGGUGAGCUAGUAAUAGCUGGUGCAGGAGUUGGUGGAGGAUAUUGUGGGAACCCUCUAGCCAACGUCAAAUCGUUUAUCAACCCCCCACACCUUCCAUUGAAAGGCAUUGCGAUGGGAUUCCCGCGUCAUGCCUAUAGAACAGGCGAUAUCGUACGUAUGGAUGAGUCUGGGUUGUACAAUUUUAUCGGCCGCUGCGAUAGACAAAUCAAGAUCCGGGGACAUCGUGUCGAACUAGAAGGCCUCGAGAAUAUCUUCUUGAGCACAAACCUCGCCUCCGCAGCAGCGGUUCUCAAGGUUGAGCCCAAGGAUUCCGACACGGGGCCAAUACUCGUUGCCUAUGUUGUACCAGAGUGUAUUCAUAUUGACCAGGAGGCCUUAGCACGAGCAUUCAUUAACCGCGCUCCCCAUCUUCUAGUGCCUCGCGUUGAGCUCCUCGCGGAGCUUCCAGUGGGAAGGACAGGGAAGUGUGAUCGAAGGAAGCUUGAGCAACUACAUAUGGAGAAGAUGAGAGUUGCGCGUGAGAGUCAAGUGCACUCCAGCAAAAACGCUGACUCCGUGGAAACUUGUUUGGAGCAGCUCUGGCUCGAGAUCCUGGGGUAUCCAUUAGACCGCCUGAAUUCUUCAGAUGACUUCUUCCAUUUGGGCGGAACCUCACUCCAAGUGGCAUAUCUAAUCGGCCGUAUUCGACUUUUGCUAGGAACUGAGUUGCGUUCCGCAGCCCUGUACAAUAAUUCCACACUAGGCCAGCUUACACACCUGGUGAAGAAGCUCAAGAAUGGAGCAGUUUUGCCAGAUGCAGAGGAGGAACAAAGCGUCUUGGUGCAGGAUUCGCUGCUGGGUCAAGACCUACACGUCAAUUCUGGCCCAGUCAUCGACUGGCUCGAUGCUUCAGAAGGUCGAGUAUUCCUUACUGGAGCCACUGGAUUUGUCGGCGCCUUUCUUCUCGCAACACUACUGUCUAUGCCGCAGGUCACCCGAGUGGCAUGUCUUGUUCGUGCCCAGGACGCAUCGGCAGCCGACCUGCGCAUUAAGGAAAUAUUAGAGAAGUACAGACUGCAUGGUUCCCAGGAGAGCAAAAUCAUUUGUAUCACCGGCGACCUGUCGCUCCCGCACCUCGGUCUUCCGCAAGAACAGUACGAUCACUAUGCAGGCUGGUCAAGCGUGGUCUUCCAUUUGGGGGCACUAGUCAGUUACGUCCAGCCGUACUCCCGGCAUCGAGCGGCCAAUGUCCUGGGAACAUUAGAGCUGCUAAGAUUUGCCAAUCACUCCCGACCGAAGCGGCUGAUCUACUCCUCGAGCAUCGCCGCAUAUGGACCAACGGGAUUUGUGCAAGGAACCAAGACCGUCCCAGAGAAUGAGCGGCCACUAGGCCAUAUCGCAGCUCUACGGUAUGACACAGGAUAUUCCCAAAGCCAAUUCGUGGCGGAAAAUGUGGUCUGGAAUGCCAUCCGCAACGGUUCCCCAGCGAUCAUCAUACGUCUCGGGUAUGUCCUAGGCCACAGUCAGACAGGUAUAGGGAACCCGAGUGACUUCGUCGGUUGUCUCAUGUCGUCCUGCCUUCAGCUGGGCCAUUAUCCCAUCGUACUGGGGCAACGCAAAGCGUUCGCCUCGGUGGAUUACGUGGUGGAUGCGAUGCUGCGAAUUGCCGCCUUCGACAAGAACGUGGGCCAUGCUUAUAAUUUGAUCCAGCCGGCACCCAUAGAUCUUCAAGAAGCCUUUGACCUGAUCAGCAGACAAUGCUCUCGCCCGCUACAAGGCAUCUCAUUUUCCCGCUGGCUGGAAAUUUUUGUCGACGAUGCAACGAACCCGCUGCAUCCCUUUCUUCCAUUAUUUCAGGAGGAGAUAUGGGGUACCCACACCCGUUGGGCGGUUCAAGAAAAUGCGCCUCGGUUUGAGAUUAACAACACUCUCGGGGCUCUUCGCGAUAGCCCGGAGCUGCUUGCCUGGAUGCCGGCGCUGGAUCUGCUUCGAAAGUACAUUCCACAGUGGUCUACAGCUUCAAGUAAUCUUUGA